UUGAAGAAGCCUCGCCAGCGCAUUUGAUCCAAUCCGUUCUCAUGUCGGUACAGCAGCAAUCCCUUCAUAUUAACAGAUCCUCAGCGGUUGGUUUGAUCCGCUUCUGUGCCGGUGUUGUAACACCUGGCUGUGGCUUAUCCUGACGUCACGUCCCAGAGACACGCCCCCUGCUUCCUUGCCGUUUGAAAAGCCUCGUCAAAGCGCCGCUGUAGAGAGAUGGCAGCUGCGGGUUUUGAACCCGGUGCCGGGCGGGGAAUCAUGGCUGCAGAACAAGAGGCUGAAGAAACUGUCUCUCAAGAGCUGCACAGCGCCUCUGAGCUGAGGAUCGUGCUGCUUGCGAGAAGCAGGGCUGGGAAGAGUGCAUCAGGAAACACCAUCCUGGGCAGAGAGGAGUUUAGAUCUGGAUUCAGUGUCUCUGCAAGAACAAAGGAGUGUGAGAAGAGAACAGGAGAAGUGUCUGGGAGACGGGUCACUGUGGUCGACACGCCACGCUUGUUACACACAGACCAGGUUGAGAUUGAGAGAUGUGUUUCUCUGUCUGCCCCGGGACCCCACGCUUUCCUCCUGGUGACACCCGUGUAUUCAAAAGAUAUGAUUGACACUGACCGUCAGUAUAUAGUAGAACAGUAUUGCAAAUCCUUUGAUAAAGUGCAGGAGCUGUUUGGUGAGAGAGCUGUGAGGAACAUGAUGAUCCUUUUCACCUGCGGGGAUCUUCUGGAAGGCAGGAUGAUUGGGCAGUACAUUGAGGAAGCUGGUGAGGAGCUCCAGCAGCGUGUUGAGAAAUGUGGGAACAGGUAUCAUGUUCUCAACAAUAAGAACAGCAGCGAUCGCACUCAGGUCACACAGCUCCUGGACAAGAUACACAACAUGGUGAAGGGAAGUGGAGGCUGCUACCUCCCAAAUGAGAUUUACGAGGAGGUAGAAGAAAGGAUUAGACUAAAGGAACAGGAGCUGAAUGAGAAACAUAAAGAGGAACAGAGGAGGAGAGAAGAGGAGAUGAAACAGAAAUAUGAGGAGGAACAGAGGAGGAGAGAAGAGGAGAUGAAACAGAAAUAUGAGGAGGAACAGAGGAGGAGAGAAGAGGAGCUGAUUGAGAAGUUGAGGAAGCAAAUGAAGGAAGAGGAGCUGCAGAAAGAGGCAGAGGAAUCCAAGCUGCCUGUCAGGAGAAGACACAGCAUUGAAGGAGAUCGUCCCAACAUGUCUGGAGGUGAAGUAGAGGCUCACCUUGCAGAUAACCAAGCGCCUCCCAGCCCCCCUGAACUGAAGAUGGUGCUGCUUGGGAAGACUGGGGCUGGGAAGAGUGCAGCAGGAAACACCAUCCUGGGCAGAGAGGAGUUCAGAUCUGAAGCCAGCUCCUCUGCAGUAACGAGGGAGUGUGAGAAGAGAAAAGGACAAGUGGCUGGGAGACGUGUUGCUGUGAUCAACACUCCAGAGCUCUCUCAGGACAAACUCCAGAUUAGGAUCUGUGUUUCUCUGUCUGCCCCGGGACCCCACGCUUUUAUAUAUUGAGUGUGUGUAUAACAUAUUUUUCCUACAGUGUAGGAGUGUGUGUGUGUCUGUGUGUGUGUGUGUGUGUGUGUGUGUGUGUGUGUGUGUGUAUUGUCUGUGCUCUGAUUCCCUGAGACAGCGCUGUAAAGAGAUGUCUACUCAGGAGAUAAUAAAGUCAUGAAUAAUAAUACACAAUAAUAUCACACUUUUAAAACCUCGUCCCGUUUUUAUUUGUCAUUUCUCUGAAUGCAUAUUCUGGUGUAAAAUGCUGUUGCCGUCAGCAGGUGCGAUAGCUGCUAAUGAGAUCAUGAUCAUUGCUGUGUUUAAUCAGCACUAGCG